AAGGGAAUAUUAACUCGGCUUGAAUUGUGCAGUCCUUGACUCUCUAUGAGUUGGCUGGUUGCUCGCAAAUGUUUUGUUACAGAUAUUAUCUUCAGCACUCAGUAGUUAAGAUUACCUAAUCUGGUAACGCAACAUUUGCAAGGAAACAACCAACCUCGGAGAGCACGGGAGAAAGAGUGACAGCUGAGGGGAGUAGGACGGUCUCUAUCCAAGUCCUUCAACCCCUUCGAUGAACCGCAGACAACGGGACGAACGUAAACGAAGGUCCUGAUUGUAAAUCUAAAUCGCGCCGGCUCUGCUUCAAAAACAUCCCAUAGGCUGCCGUCCGCCAGUUACCGAAAGACUGUUGCGCACGCGCAAGUUGGCUCUUCCUACUUUUGUCGGAAUAAUUAUCAUCAGUUAGACGGAAAACCCUAACUGGAUAACCAGGAGAGGGAACGGCAUUACACAUUUAUGUUUUAUUGUUCUAAAGAAGGAUAGUGGUGUAAUCAAAUUAAUAGGAAAAAUGAAGCAAAUCGCGUUCUUUUUGCUCAUAAUCAUAUACACUUGGAUUUAGUGCGUAGGGAAUUGCAGAUUUUUGCUAAACAGUCGGUCUUCCCUACGCUAUCCCACCGUGUCGGAAUUUGAGAAGAGCAGGAAAGCGGGGCUAAUAGUGUGACUGUGGGAGGGACAAAGAGGUCUAGCCUUCCACCCCAGUUUCGAAGCGGGAGCAGAAAAUAAAGGCCGGUAAUGGUGGUGCAUUAUUAACUAAAAAUUGCUAUUGUCUUUCAAAUCUAAGACGCUGGCGUUACAAUUGCAGAACAUAUAUUUUUCUUUCUGUCUCAUUACUGUUUUUUUCGGAAGUAGUGAUAACAACCACUACAAGACCAACAUUCUGUUUGGAUCCAGCUUGCGUCCCUUUAUUUUUAAAUCUACGACCGCUAAUGUGCAUGUAAAUUGCUGGGCCGGUUUUUUUUUUUUGUCAGGCUAACAUCUUUGCUUCCUUUUACCUAAACCAAGAAGAGGAUAUCGGCAGCAUCGAGGAGAAAGGAAGGGGAAAUCUGAGAAGGCCUUUAUGCACAGAAGCCUGAUGUUUCAUUACCCAAACUAGGUAACAUUAUCAGGAGUGGUGUUUGCUGAGACUCCCGGGGUGGAAUCACACUGGCGCAGAGCAGAAGAAUAGGGCUCUGUUCUUUCUGCCCAAUUUUCUGUGCCAGGAGGCUUGCAAAAGCAGAGCUGGGUCUCGGAGGGACCAACGACAGAAAGGGGAAGCUUGGAAGAUACAGGGAGAGGUGUGAUCCCCUGUUAUAGUAGGAGAAACCUCUCAAAUCUGGUGCUGGAGAGACUGGCCUUUAUGACGGGAUCCAGAGGCGUGACAGCCCUUUAAAUGGAGAAGGAAGCGAGAAGAAAGAAACAUCUGAAAGUAUUGGUGGAGUUUGAGGAGUUGGAAUGAAGAACUGGUGCGACUCUCAGGAAGUGUGAACCUAUAGCUUGGACGCUUGCUUUGAUAUCCCAGAGAAUUGACAGAAAAUGCAAAACAGUGAAGUAAUAAAGCCUGCCAAAUACUUUUCUGAAGUAGAGAAGAGUGUGCUGCUGGCAUUAGUUGAGAAAUAUAAGUAUGUACUUGAGUGUAAAAAGAGUGAUGCAAGGACUAUUGCAUUGAAACAACGGACCUGGCAGGCCCUUGCCCAUGAAUAUAAUUCCCAACCAAAUGUAUCACUCCGAGAUUUCAAGCAGUUAAAAAAAUGUUGGGAGAACAUCAAGGCUCGGACAAAGAAAAUAAUGGCACAUGAAAGAAGAGAUAAGGUAAAAAGAUGCAUUAGUCCACUUAUAAGUAAUCACAUCCUAGGAAAAGAGAAGAUCACCAACAUGAUACCAAACCAAGUAUAUUUUUUACAAACUCCACCAGAAGAAGAUUCUGAGUAUCAGCCUGAAACUUCCAAUCAAGAAUCUUUCAGUGUUAUUAACAAAGAAUCAUGUGAUGAAGAAAAAGGACUUGUACAUUUCCAGGUAUGUGAAGGUACCUCACAGUCUGAGCCUUCCUGUUCAGCAGUCAGAGUAACUGGAAAUAAAAACUUCAGAAAUAAAGCUGCUCAAGAAAGUGAUUUGAAAAAAAUGCAUGAAGAGGAACACCAUCAGCAAAUGUCUAUUUUACAACUGCAGCUGAUCCAAAUGAAUGAAGUGCAUGUGGCAAAAAUUCAACAGAUAGAAAGGGAAUGUGAAAUGGCUGAAGAAGAACACAGAAUCAAGAUGGAAGUGUUAAACAAAAAAAAAAUGUACUGGGAAAGAAAACUGCAGACUGUUACAAAAGAAUGGCCUUUCCCUAAUUCACCCUAGCACAUGCGGCAGCUGGUGGUUCAUUAGGCUGAAGUAACUUGAUCAUUGGAAAAUAGUUUGAGAAUUAGGUUCAAUUCCUGUAUUUAGAAUGACAGUGUAAUUGUUGGCUAUGAACAAAUGUCAAUAAAUACCUAAAGUAGGGUUUAGGUAGGUUUUCAUUUCAUAAAACAACAAAGAAAUCUCCACAUUUUUGGAGGCAAAAUGUUGAUGUAACUUUUUAAUGGAAUUUCCAAGUAUGCCCAAUAAACUCACUCUUUUCCAUGGUAGCCAGCUCAAUCCUAUUGGGCAUUUUAUGUUAUUUUAUUUUUUUAGCUGAAUUUUUCAAUUAAUUAUUUGAUGAAUGUAUCUUAAGGUACAGUUGCUAAGACUUGAAGAGUGACUCAGUUGAAUUAUCAAGUAAGGUGAAAAGGGUGAUAAUAUAGCAAUUGCUAUACAAGAAAAGGAAUUCAGAUUUCCAACAGCUGUCUGAUUGAAAGUCUGUCUGUUCAGUCAUAGUUAUAAUUGUGGAAUACUAGAAAUGUGUGUUCCCCGCUUUCUGUCUUCAGUUCUUUUGCCUUUGAUUUGCAUUGCAUGGCACAAUCAG